UCCGCCCCCAGGCGGGGCUCGCAGCGCGUCCUCCCGCCCCACUCCGCGAGGCUCCUCUGCGGCUCCCGUGCCCUCGGCUGGGACUGCGCCCCAGGGAGCUCCGGCCAGCUCUGCAAGGCCGUCUCUGCAAGGUGAGGAAUGUGGCUGCCAGCAGUUCCAGGGUCGUCCCCAUACAGUGGCUGACCGAAGGGAAAAGGGAGUCUUCCCUGCCGAUUCCAGGGGACCAUGGAGGCUGGCGGGCUCCCCCUGGAGCUCUGGCGCAUGAUCUUAGCUUACCUGCACCUUCCUGACCUGGGCCGCUGCAGCCUGGUGUGCAGGGCCUGGUACGAACUGAUCCUCAGCCUGGAUAGCACGCGCUGGCGGCAGCUGUGUCUGGGCUGCACCGAGUGCCGCCACCCCAACUGGCCCAACCAGCCUGACGUGGAGCCUGAGUCUUGGAGGGAGGCCUUCAAGCAGCAUUACCUUGCCUCCAAGACAUGGACCAAGAAUGCCCUGGACUUGGAGUCCUCUGUCUGCUUCUCCCUGUUUCGCCGGAGGAGGGAACGCCGCACCCUGAGUGUCGGGCCGGGCCAUGAGUUUGACAGCCUGGGCAGUGCCUUGGCCAUGGCCAGCCUGUAUGACCGGAUCGUGCUGUUCCCUGGCGUGUACGAAGAGCAAGGUGAAAUCGUCCUGAAGGUGCCUGUGGAGAUCGUAGGCCACGGGAAGCUGGGUGAAGUGGUCCUGCUGGCCAGCAUGGACCAGCACUGCUCAACCACUCGCCUGUGCAACCUCGUCUUCAUGCCGGCCUGGUUCUCACCCUUCAUGUUUAAGACCACAUCAGGUCAUGUCCAGUUUGACAACUGCAACUUUGAAAAUGGGCAUAUCCAGGUCCAUGGCCCAGGCACCUGCCAAGUGAAGUUUUGCACCUUCAAAAACACCCACGUCUUCCUGCACAAUGUGCCCCUGUGUGUCCUGGAAAACUGCGAGUUUGUGGGCAGCGAGAACAACUCUGUGACCGUUGAGGGCCACCCAUCUGCAGACAAGAACUGGGCCUACAAGUACCUACUAGGGCUCAUUAAGUCCUCUCCCAGCGUGCUCCCCACAGAGAGUGCUGACUCUUUAAUGUCCCUGGACCUGGAGAGCAGGGACCAGGCCUGGAGCCCAAGGACAUGUGACAUUGUCAUUGAGGGCAGCCAGAGCCCCACCAGCCCAGCCUCUAGCUCCCCGAAGCCAGGCUCCAAGGCUGGCUCACAGGAGCCAGAGGUGGGCAGCGAUGGGGAGAGGGUGGCCCAGACCCCAGACAGCAGCGAUGGAGGUCUGAGCCCCAGUGGUGAGGAGGAGGACGAGGACCAGCUCACCUACAGACUGUCCUACCAAGUGCAGGGCCCACGGCCUGUGCUGGGGGGCUCCUUUCUGGGCCCCCCUCUGCCAGGAGCAUCCAUUCAGCUGCCCAGCUGCCUAGUGCUGAACUCGCUGCAGCAGGAGCUGCAGAAGGACAAGGAGGCCAUGGCACUGGCCAGCUCCGUGCAGGGCUGCCUCAUCCGCAAGUGCCUCUUCCGGGACGGGAAGGGAGGCGUCUUCGUCUGCUCCUACGGCCGAGCCAAGAUGGAAGGGAACGUCUUCCGGAACCUGACUUACGCGGUGCGGUGCAUACACAACAGCAAGAUUGUCAUGCUCAGGAACGACAUCCACCGCUGCAGGGCGUCAGGCAUCUUUCUGCGCUUGGAGGGCGGAGGCCUGAUCGCGGGCAACAACAUUUACCACAACGCGGAGGCUGGCGUGGACAUCCGGAAGAAGUCCAACCCGCUCAUCCUGUGUAACCAGAUCCACCACGGCCUUCGCUCUGGCAUUGUCGUCCUUGGCAAUGGGAAAGGCAUCAUCCGGAACAAUCAAAUCUUUUCAAAUAAGGAGGCCGGCAUAUAUAUCUUGUACCACGGAAACCCAGUUGUGAGCGGGAAUCACAUUUUCAAGGGCCGUGCAGCCGGCAUAGCCGUGAACGAGAAUGGCAAAGGCCUCAUCACAGAAAACGUCAUUCGUGAGAAUCAGUGGGGAGGGGUGGACAUCCGCCGCGGCGGGGUGCCCGUCCUCAGGAGCAACCUCAUCUGCUUCGGCUAUUCAGACGGCGUGGUCGUGGGAGACGAAGGCAAAGGGCUGAUAGAAGGAAACACCAUCUACGCUAACAAGGGCUGCGGUGUGUGGAUGAUGUCCUCCAGCCUGCCCCACGUCACCAGCAACCACGUCAGCUACAAUGGCCUGUACGGGGUGGCUGUGUUCAGCCAGAAGGAUGGCUCCGGAGAGCUGCCCGGAGGCCACGCGGCCCAGGAGAACUUCAGUGAGGACGGGGACGCCAUCCUCUGGGAGACAGAGCUGGAGAAGGACGACGACCCACUGCGCCAGCCCGUCUCCGUAGCUCUCGUCGAAUCCAACAGUAUCAACCACAACGGAGCCUCCGGACUCUACGUGCAGAGCAAUGAGGCACUGCACGUCGUCACCAACGUGAUCCACGCUAACGGGGACAGAGGCAUCACUGUGGCCCAGAGCAGCCAGCUCACCCGUGUGGCUAACAACAGCAUCUCCUGCAACCGCCAGAGUGGGGUCAAGGUGGAAGCCCAGUGCAAGGUGGAGCUCCGGGGCAACGGUAUCUAUGACAACAGAGGCCAUGGCAUCAUCACCAAGGGUGACAGCACCAUCGUCAUCGAAAAUGACAUCAUUGGCAACCGGGGCAGCGGGCUGCAGCUGCUGCCCAGGUCUGACACCAAGGUAAUAAAGAACCGGAUCCAUUCAUUUCGGGCCUACGGCAUUGCGGUGCGGGGCCGCACCAAGGCUCUGGUACAGGAGAACAUCAUCUUCCAGGGCAAGACCAACAAGACCAUCUUUCAGCAGGUCUCAAACAACCGAGACUGCGUCAUGCAGAACAAUAAGUUCUUGGUCUUCAAGAAAAAGUCUGAUACGUGGCGGCUGGUGAACCCACCAGCGCGCCCUCACCUUGAAAACUUCCUCCGGGGCUCCUCUGCGGCCCACAGCGGGCAGAAGGUGACAGCCAUGGCGACCAGGAUCACAGCCCGCGUGGAAGGUGGGUACCACAGCAACCGCAGCAUCUUCUGCACCAUCCUCUAAAGACGGGAAGCCCCUGAGCAGGCGACUGGAGCACUGUCCAAAGACUGGGAGCAGCAACCACAUGCCCGCUCUCACGCUCAGGCCCUGAUGGUGCUCAGCCGAGCUGAGAGGGGAGGCCUUCGGGGUGGAAGCAGCGGCGCUGAGAGGCUCCACGUCCUCUCACCACACCCCUGGGAAACAGGCCCCUGGGCCUCCUGGGGACUGAGAACCAGGUACCUCCAAAACCCUUCAACUGCACAACCCUCAGUAGGAAGGCACUCGGACGUGUUUUUCAGGGAGGAAAAGGAACAGAAAUCCAUGGGUUUCCAGUUGCUCAAGCUCUUGUAGAGAUUAUGAAAAAUGGAGGAAAAUCAGUACUGAAACUUCAGUCAGGGGUUUUUUUUGUUUGUUUGAGCUACAGGGAACUGCGUUUUACACACACCAAAUCCAGGCUCUUCUCAGGGAAGGGAUUCACUUCCUCCGAGAGGGAAGUAGUUCUAGUGAGGGGGAAGGAGCCGCCCCAGAAUUUACUGCUUUUCUAGACUCCCUCCCUCGAGACCACCCCCUCCCCGCCGCCCCGCCCUGCAGCUGCCUGCAGAGUUUGGUUUCCUUAAGGAUAUAGUUGUCCUAGACAUGGAUCUGUGUGGGAGGAAGGGGCUUGGGACAGAGAGACCCCCUUAAAAGGCUGACCUAGAGAUGACAAGAGACAUGUCGAAAACCGGAGGGGUGUGUGGAGAAGGCUUCUUUGCAUGGCUCGGGAGCCAGGCUGGGCAGUGCAGGGGUGCACACAACUCCAUUCCACCUUCAAGGAGCUCUCAGACUCAAGAGGGUGUUCGCUCAGUGCCUGUUGCACAAGGAGGGUUCACGUCCCACAAGCACACCCACACCAGCUGCCCCUCCCGGGCAGCAGACUGGUGGAGAUGCAGGUGCUGGGGCCCCUUGUCUGUGUCCGUGCUCUCUCAUGGACAGCCACCUGCCUUUACUGACCCUCGUGGUGUCCACUCUGUGCCUUGACUCAUGCUCUCCCGUCUCCCUGGCAUGCCCUUCUCUGCACCUGCCCAUGUCCAGGUCUGCCCAUUCGAGUGCAGCUCAGACACUGCCACCUCCACGGGGCCCUCCCUCCCUGCAGAUGACAAUGCUCUUCCCACCCUGAGCCUCCCCGCCCUGUCUCUGCCCCCUCAGGUACUGAGCACUUUCUGCCUUGGAGCCACCCAGGUCCGUCCCUAUCCCACUCACCUGUCACACUCACCUGCGGGGGGCCCUCUCACUGGCAGCGCCCCCAGUUCCCAAAGGGCUUUACUGAACCGUAGAGUGAGUGUGUGUCAAGGUUCCAGGUGGGCUCACACCCUGCCCUGGCUGCUGGAGGAGGGGCCUGGAUGCAGGACCCCUCUGCCUGAACAGUCCCCCUCCUACUCAGCCUUUAAUGCAGGGCCCUCACCAGCCUGUUGGGGCCACCGUCCUGCACCUCACCGAUGGCUCCCAGGCUGGUUCUGCUGGGCCCUGGGUGCUGCUCUCCGAGGCUGGGUGGGAGGGGCUGGAGGGAGCCGGGAGCACUGGCUUCUUGAGGACUUGGGGCACGAGAACGGGCCUCUCCUGUCCCCACACUGUCCUUUGCACUUCUCUGGUGGCCCCAAUGUGAGUCGCUGUAUAAAAAUGCUGCCUUUAUUAUAAGAAAUGACUUUUGUGAACCAAGUGCUUAUGAAAAUCUCAGCAAGUAAAAUAAAGUUCUAUAUUUUAAAAGAG